UUUCUUUCCUCCUCCAGCCGAGGCACACAGAGAUCCUAUAAGCAUUGCAGCAGCUUCGCCGCCGGCCGCCCACCGCCCUCCGCCCGCCAUGAGAAAAGCCACCAUCUUUCUCAUGGCGCUCGCCCUCGCGCUCGCCGCGGCCGCUCCCCUGCAAGUGGCGGCGCCGCCUCCCCUCAGGAGAAGCCGCUUCCUGGCCAACGCCAACUUCCCGCCGCCGCUGUCCUUCUACGACUGCAGCAAGAAGCCUCCGUCCAUCUGCCUCCAGCCCGGGAGCCCCGGCGCGACGUGCUGCAAGGGCGCCUGCGUCGACACCGAGUCCAGCUUCCAGCACUGCGGCAACUGCAACAAGGCGUGCAAGUACACGCAGACCUGCUGCGAGGGGAAAUGCGUCAACACCUUCACCGACCACAAGAACUGCGGCGGCUGCGGCGUCAGGUGCAGAACCAAGUGCACCAACGGCUACUGCGACUACGCGGCGUGAAGAUGAUUUCGAUCUCUGCGUAUAUGCAUCAUGCGAUCCAUUAUUAUCCGUCCAUGGAGAAAUAAAAUUAAUGGCAGUACGUAUAUACUACGUCGUCUAAGUUAAUUUC